UGGUGGUCGCCAUUUUGAUUUAGUUUACGUUUGAUAAAUUACUCUCUGUGUCAAAGUUUUGUUAAUUAAAAGGAAAAAAAAAAAUUGAAAAAACGACUGGAAGAUGAAUACCAGAGGUCGUUUAGACGAUGGACCAGGCUUUGUGGGCAUCAAAUUUUGUCAGGAAUGCAACAACAUGUUGUAUCCUAAGGAAGACAAAGAUAACAAGAUCUUAUUGUAUGCAUGUAGGAACUGUGAUUAUCAGCAAGAAGCAGAUAACAGUUGCAUCUAUGUGAACAAAAUCACUCAUGAAGUCAAUGAACUAACACAGAUUGUAACAGAUGUUGUAGCUGACCCUACAUUACCAAGAACAGAAGAUCAUGAAUGCCCUAAGUGUGGUCACAGAGAGGCAGUGUUCUUCCAAUCACAAUCCAGUAAAGCAGAUCAAAUGAGGUUGUAUUACGUUUGCACUGCUGUGAACUGCGGCAACAGGUGGACUGAAUGAGAGGAAAAAAGAGAGACAUGGCUGGACAUUGUGAAGUUAUUUGUGACUUCCUAUCGCCUGCUGAUAGGAAACGAGAAAUAUUAUAAUGUUGAGAGGAACAGUUGAAAAUGGACCAAAGAUACACUUCCAGCACUGCUACUGUGCAUGUCUUCUAAGCAACACCUUAAAACGUUUGAGCAGAAGUCUUUCAUUUUUCAUUUGUCCUCGUAAAAAUUUUAAUUCCAAGUUUCUUAGUUUGCCAGUUGUAAAUUUUAUCAUAACCAAAUUCCCAAAACAUCCAAGUCGAAACAAAUUCCCACGAAAAAAACACGAAGGUGCCAGAAGCUUGAGUGGUGAAUUUUGAGCAUGUGACGUAAUCAUACAUAAGACCUCUUGAUUUUGAGGGGCCACGAUGCCAACAUCAGGAGCAUUAAGCUAAUACCAGUUGGUGUGUAAAAUAGAAAAGACCAUUCAUUUUUUGAUGUUAUCUUAUAUGUAAGCAGUGGUUUCGUUCAGUUAACGUUUUCAGCAGAAAGGAAUUUGUUUUUCGCAGGCAGGCAAAACCUUUUUAAGUUAACUUCUCGAUAACAAAAAUUCCUCGAGAUGGUAAAACUCAGCCGGUCAAUUUGCACGGUGCCUGGCCUUUAAUGAAACCCCUUCACUAAGCUGCAGCUGUUGAGUAUGUGUUGAAAGGUUUAAGCCAUUUCAAACGUGUUUUUUCGUUGGGUCUUUGCAUCCGCAACAGUAUGGCGUAUUAGGAAACCCCGAUACGUGGACGUUUUGUUUCACGAUUAAGUUUCUUUUCUUGUCUGUAUUGCGUUGAUGCUCGCCUUUCUGUGCUUAUUUUCUUAGAUUAAUGUUUAACAUCUUUUUGAUAACUUUUUUUAUUAGGCCAAAAAAAUCUAAGAAGUUGAAGUAGAUCGAAGUUGACAUUUCAUAGCAAUAUGCCUUGGUGUAAAACAUAUACAGUCUCAGAGUUUGGUUAAACCGACCGUGAGUAAAAUGAAGACCAGGAAUAAAAUGCAUAAUGUAGUCUGCAGACAUUGUAUUCUAGUUAUCGAGAGCAAACCAGAGUCCAGAAUCAGUUUCACUUCGAUUAGUCGGAAUAACGUCCAGGUUUUAGUCUGCUUGCGAUGAGAAAGUGUGAAUACUGCAUGUUGCAUUUUACCCUUGUACUGCAGUCUACAAUUUUUCCCCCGGUCUUAAGUCCGCAUCGUGUUUUAUUCUGUCCGUGGUUGAAACUUAAUACAAACACAGCGCACUGAAAGCCAUAAAACACGCCGAAUAAAUCAAUGCAAUUGUCAUUGGAACCGAGGGACGAACUGAAAAGAAAUACAGUCGAACCCCUAUUAAGCGGCCACCUAUUAAACGGCCACCCCUAUUAAGCGGCCAGUAAUCAAAGUCCCGAUGAGGGCUCUCCUAUUGUUUUCACCUCUAUUGAACGGCCAGUUUCCAUUUCCCGGAGGGUGGCCGUUUAAUAGGGGUUCAACUGCAGUUCCAACACGGCAGAGUUUAACACUACAGAAUGUGUCUUAGUAAAACUCUCAUCGUUUAAUACCUAAUUUUAUGUCGUCCAAGGGUAGUUUUGUCUCGGGGGGGGGGGGUGUUUGAACUAUAACCAUUUCCAUUCUCUUUCAACUGGGUGUCGAAAAUAAACAGGCAAUUACUUUG